AUGGCUUCUAGGCGCAAUGCGCAGUCGACUCCGGCGGAGAUCUCUCUCGCUCAUCUCAAAAACUGCCUGGUCAAUCUCCCCGCAUCCUUAGUUUCGCUCCUCGUCAACCUCAACACUCCAGCGCAAAAUGUCGUCGUCGAACUCAGCUAUCGCCCUUCCACGAGCGUAUCCGGAUCUGGCACAUCCCAACAACGGUCCAUCUUUGUCGGAUGGACAGGUAUGCCAAGCAAGCGCAAAGUUGCACCCAUAGUCGGACGCGAAGGCAUCAACGGUGGGAGGGGCGGCACUUCUUCACGCGAUCAAGAAUUUGCUCAAGUCGAGCUCGACGCGACGCUGGCUAAUACAUUGGGUCUUACGGAUGGACAAAAGAUCACAGCCUCAAUACACGUCGACCCGCCCGUCGCGCAUACAAUCAACAUUGAGCCGCUUACGCCGGAAGACUGGGAGAUGAUUGAACUACACGCCACCUUCCUCGAACUCAAUCUCUUAUCUCAGGUACGAGCGUUGCCGAAUCCUGCUUUCACCUCGAGCUCGGGCUCGCUGGUUCCUCCUCACGCCUUAACGUUACACCUCUCGCCGACAUCGACAGCUAACGUUCGGGUUGUCUCCCUCGACCCUGCACCGGCGGCCGAUGUCCCUUUCGUCAAGAUCUCUCCUGAUGCUGAGGUCAUUGUUGCACCCAAAGUUCGGGCCAAGACGUCGCAUUCUUUGGGAGAGAACCGUAGUGUAGCAAGCACUUCCAAGUCCAAACGCAGCAGCGCUAGUACAGUCCGGCGACGAAGUGCGCGCGAGGAGCGCAAGCCUGCCUUGUGUCUGCGCGGAGUCGCUUACUCAGCUUGCACAGAGUGGUUCGAUGAGGACUUAACUACUCAUGAUUUUAGCGUCUGGGUGGACCGCGAUAUUUUGUAUACCAAAGACUUCAGGGGCGUCAACUACGUGUCGGUAAAUAUCUUGCGACCUGCACAACAAACAAGCUCCACGCAGAAGCCCCAGCAAGAUGUUGAACAGUCAGUCAGCACGUCCAAGGUAGCCACAAAGGUCGUUGCCAAUCUAAAGGCUUGGGACGACCCCCCGGAUAGCAAAACGAUAGCAAUCUCACCAGCACUGUGUUCAACACUAGGAUUCACGGCAUCUGUUGGCGGUGUUGUAAAGAUCGAGCCAGCGCCCCAGCAAUGGCCUUUGGAUGCGGUGCAAAAGUUGAUCAUCCAACCGUUUGCCGCCUCGAAGAAGUCGUCUGGGGGUUUGAAGUUUGGCGGUGAAUCCAAGGCCGGGAAGGAAGAGGCUUCGAAACAAUUCAAGCAAAUAUACGGUGGUCGCAAAGAUUCUUCCUCUCUUCUCACCGGGCCCCUGACAGAUGGCUCGGUGCUUGGGACUUUUGAAGGUUUGGAGGCUCCUCAGGGUUGGGAGGGAGGUAUCAUCAAAUUUGACCCACCAGCCAUCAACAGCGACCCCCUGAGAUCAUCGACUAGGUGGGUAUUGGGACUGAGCGAGAAGGUUCCCGUCGAUAUCCGAGAUCCAGUUCCACGACCAUCGUUCUUGAACGACGACGGUAUUGCCGAGCUUCAACCACACUACGAGAGUCGGCUCGUCGGCAUUGACAAAUUGCUGCAAGAUCUUCGAAGCCAUCUUUCGCACCUUUCUUCAGCCCUCCUUACUGGUGCGCUGGGCUCUGGCAAGACUGCUGUUGCACGGUCUUUAGCUCAUGAGCUCGGGAAAGACCUACUCUUCCAUACUACUUACUUCCCAUGCCGGAAACUAGUGAACGACGAAACACGAAUCGCAACUAUAAAGGAUACUUUGAACCAAGUAUUUAUGUCAGCAAGUUGGGGCGCCAGGUUGGGAGGGAAGGCGCUUGUGGUUUUGGAUGAUCUGGAUAAAUUGUGUCCCGUGGAAACGGAAUUGCAAGUCGGCAACGAUAAUGGAAGAAGUCGCCAAAUCAGUGAAAUCGUCGGGUCUAUUGUCCGCCAAUACUGCCAGGUCGAGACAGGUGUUGUUUUGCUGGCGACCGCAGAAGGCAAAGACUCUCUUAAUAAUGUCAUUAUCGGAGGACAUGUAGUCCGUGAGAUUGUGGAUCUGAAGGCACCAAACAAAGAAGCAAGACGCAAGGUUAUGGAGAGCAUUGUCGGACAAGGCGCCGUUGUUCCUGGGGAUUUGCCACAGGCAUCUCGGAAUGGCAGUCGUCCUACUACAGCUGACAGAAGCGCUGCAGGAGAGGACAGCGCAUGGAUGGAUGCCGGCAGUCAAGGCAGCCAAGAAAACCGCACUUCUGUCACUGGCGGAUUCGUCCUGGAUCCAGAUUUGGAUUUCCUCGAUAUUGCUGGCCUUACGGAUGGCUAUAUGCCGGGCGAUAUCAGCCUCCUAGUGGCAAGGGCGCGGAACGAAGCUAUCAUUAGGUCGGUGAAUAGUGCUUCCGCCGAAAGUAGCGGUGCAGUACACUUCAGCCGCGUAGAUUUCGACAACGCUCUCAAGGGCUUCACGCCGGCCUCCCUGAGGAAUGUUUCCUUGCAGCACUCGACCACCACGUUUAGCUCUAUCGGCGGCCUGCAGGAAACUCGCAAAGUUCUUUUGGAGACUCUGCAGUACCCAACCAAGUACGCACCUAUUUUUGAGCAAUGUCCGCUCCGACUGCGUUCUGGGCUGUUACUAUACGGUUAUCCCGGCUGCGGCAAGACGUUGCUGGCAAGUGCUGUUGCUGGAGAAUGCGGGCUCAACUUUAUCAGCGUCAAGGGACCUGAAAUCCUCAACAAGUACAUUGGCGCAUCGGAAAAGAGUGUACGCGACCUCUUCGAGCGCGCGUCUGCUGCGAAGCCUUGCGUUCUUUUCUUCGACGAAUUUGACUCUAUCGCUCCCAAGCGUGGGCAUGACUCCACCGGUGUCACGGACAGAGUUGUGAACCAGUUGCUUACGCAGAUGGAUGGCGCGGAAGGUCUUUCGGGAGUAUACGUGCUUGCGGCGACGUCUCGUCCAGACCUGAUCGAUCCUGCUUUGCUUCGUCCUGGACGUUUGGACAAGUCUCUGCUUUGCGACAUGCCUAUGUUGGAAGAUCGUAUCGACAUUCUGAAAUCGCUUUCUAGCAAGGUCAAGCUCGGCGAGGAGCUGACCGAGUCCGAUGACGCAUGGACCGAUAUUGCCCAGAAGACUGAGGGGUUUUCUGGAGCGGACCUUCAAGCUCUCGUGUCCAAUUCACAACUGGAGGCGAUCCAUGACGUCUUGGGCGAUGCCAACCAUGCCUCCACGGCGAAUGGCAAGGUCAAUGGGAAAUCCUCUCCGUCUCAAGGCUCCGUUCCCAGCUUUGUGCAGUUCCGUUACGGCCAACACUCUACGCCGGCCAGUAAGCCCAUCAGCCGACAGGCAGAGCUAGUCGAGAAUGCAGCCAUCCUCGCCAAACUAGAGAGCAUCAGGCUGGCUCGAAAGAGGGUGAAGCAUUCUCAGCGCCCCGACGGGGAAGCCAAGCUGGAGAACGACAAAGAGGUUGUUGUGAAACUGGAGCAUGUGAUGAAGGCACUCGACAAUACGAGGUCCAGUAUUAGCGCACAGGAACGGGCGAGACUGCGCAGGAUUUAUCACGAAUUCGUUGUAGGUCGAAGUGGUGAGAUGAAGGAUGGCCAAGGCAGCAUGGAAAUUGGAGGGCGAAGCAGUCUCAUGUGA